GUUGACUCCGCGGACAACAGUUGAGAUGCGCAUAUUGUUGUUUACUUGAAGCAUGGAUUCUCCAGUAGAUUCGAAAGAUGGAUUUUCAACCUAUGAGGACACUCCUCCACGGAGGCAGUUUAAGGAGCGCAAAACACCUUUAUCACCUUUACCUUUCAGUGUGGAAGCGAUCAUGUUGGAUAGGACUCAUAGCGAAGGAGGGAGACGCGACAGCGGUACGAUAGUCUCUCCCCUGGGGAAUUACUCUGUAUCCGUGUCCAGACAGCCUUCUAGUCCAGAAUACUUUAUUCACAAUUUUGACCCGUCUUCUUCGCCAGUUAAAUCAGAGACGUCGGAACCAGGGGACUGUGCGUCAUGGAUGUCACCGCGGUGCAGGUUGUCUCCAGCGCUCAACCAGGUCAAUCCCUCCUUGAGGAAACACAAGACCAACAGGAAGCCCCGGACCCCCUUCACCACCUCCCAGCUCCUGUCCCUGGAGAGGAAGUUCCAUCAUAAACAGUACCUGUCCAUCGCUGAGCGGGCUGAGUUCUCCUCCUCCCUGUCCCUCUCAGAGACCCAGGUCAAGAUCUGGUUCCAGAACCGGCGGGCUAAAGCCAAGAGACUACAGGAGGCAGACGUAGAGAAACUAAAGAUGGCCGCCGCAGGUGUUGGAUCCAAGCCGGGGUUCUAUCACCCGGGGUUCUCCUCGCUGCCGUUCCCCCUCUGUCUCAGUCUGGAGGGUCUGGGUGGGGGGGUCUCAGGGAUGUGCGGAGGACAGGGGUACCCCUUCAGACGUACCACUCUGUUAACAACAGUACCACAUCUGGGGGUGUACACCUCACCUGUAGGGUACGGACUCUUCCACCUGUCCUGAGACUGGUCGGGGUGUGUGUGUGUGUUUUUGUGUGCGUAUGCGAUGAACCUUACAACAAGAUAUUAAAUUCUACUCUAACUCUCAGGGGUGCUUUGAAUAUAGUGUGCUGGACCUACUUUGAUAUAUUCAAGAGAUGUGGAAGUGUACAUUGUUAUACGGUACCUUGUGUUCCCUGGUUUGUUACGGAAGUGACUAGCGCAUCAGAACACCCAUAGUACAAGCAUCAUUGCAGGGUAAUUGUUCAUUUAUUCUAUACCUCUGACCUCCUGACCUGUGCUGUAUUUGCCAAAGCUAGUUGGCUCGUUCCCGAAGGAUAUUGAUCUGUUUGUCUGAUCACUCCGUAAAUGCCAGAUUAUCUCUAUAAUAGCAUUAGUGAUGUCUCUGUUUUUGCCCUUCCUGUCUUUGGGAAAGUUUAUUUUUAGACUUUCAUAUUUGUGAUAUACAUAUAGGACAACAUAUUUAUUGAAUAAAUGUAAUAUAAUUAAGCAGUAAAAGUCAAGGGGGUGUGGUAUAUGGCCAAUAUACCAUGGCUUAAGGUUAUUCUUAGCACGACGCAAC